AUGCCCUCCCCCAGCAACCGCAGCCAAGGUGACGACUCGCCCAACUCUUCUUCAACACAGUUUUACCCGGGAGUUGACCCUGGCAUUCUCCCCGUCAUUCCCGACGGCACCCCGCCACCAGAAAACCUUAAACCUCCCACCAGCAAUGCCGCAACGGGCGCCUCUGCCGCCGGCGUACGCGCCCUCACAUCCCAGGCCGUGGCCUUUUAUUUCCGCGCCCCCGUCAAAGCCUUUUUCCGCACCCGUGUCGACUACCUAGCCUACGCCCGCGCCCUGCAGGAGCAAGAACACGGCGCAGGGCACCCGCAAGCCACUUCAUCUCCAUCCUCCCCACUCCCAUCAACAUCAACAUCAACAUGGAAAACAACUUCCCCCCGCUGGACCACCACCACCACGCACUGGCUGCGCACCCGCAUGCGCUCCACCACCCCGGCGAUCCUCGCCUCCGCGGUCCGCCAUUACGGGUGGCGCGUCGUGCCCGACCAGAUCCUGCCCCCGCUCGUCGCCAACGUCGGCGUCGGCGCCGUGCUCUACACCAGCUACCUGCAGAUCUUGGGCCGCCUGCACCCGGAGAGCGCCCGCGCCAGCAAGCGCGUCUAUCCGCCGCCGGGGCCGGGGGAUGUCUUCGCGGCGGGGUUCUUGGCUGGCGGGGUGCAGAGUGUGGUCGCCGCCCCGUUGGAUGCGGUGCAGGCGAGGUGGGAUGGGGUGACGAGUGGGAGGGUGGGUCAGGGGGGGGCUGGUGGGGGGGUGGUGCAGAGGCCGAGGAGUAUGUGGGCGUUUAGUGCGGCCAAGUUGAGGGAGAUUGGGGUGCGGGGGGUGUUUUCGGGGUGGGGGCUGUCGUUUUUGAAGGAUAGUAUGGGGAGCGCGGUGUUCUUUAGCGUGUUUGAGUAUGUCAAGGCGCAGGGGUACUACAACUUUGUGCGGUGGUUCUACGGCUCGCUCAACGAGGACACCAUCGUGCUGCUGUCGCGGAAGCGGCCCGCGCCGGGGGACGGCCCGCAGCUGCAGCCCAGAAACAACAACAACGACAACAACAGCAACAACGGGUCGGAGGAGGAACCGAGCAUGCCGACCAUCAUCCGCCCGCACUACGCCAUCGAGCCGGCGUUUUUGCUGCUCGCCGGCAUGGGCGCGUCCGUCGCCCAGCAGGCCAUUCUGCAUCCGCUGUCGCAUGUCCAGGCCGAGCACUGGGAGCGGCUGGAGGCGCUGGACGCGAAGGCCGCCAAGUUGCGGCGCGAGGCGGGGCUCCCGGGGGCGCCGCCCAACGCGGCCUCUCGGUGGCGGAUGCUCCGGGCGUACCGUGCUGCUUAUCGGAAGACGUGGGCAGAAUGCAUGGCUGAGGCGGAGGCGGCCGGUCUUGGGAUGCGUCAGUGGUUGUACCGGGGUUUCUGGUGGAACACGGUCCGGCAGGUGCCCAGCACGAGCGCGGGUUUGAUCAUUUUUGAGCUGGUGAGGCGGAAGUAUGGGUUCGGAGGGGACCAGGUGCGGAUUAACCGGGAUGGUUAUGAUAUUUUGUUACAUUAA